GCCAUGGUUGCAGACAGGAAGCUGAAUACAAGAGGAAGCUCUCGCAGGCUUUUCAUUCAAAACAGCGUUUGUUUUCUCAGUUAAAAAAAUAUAUAUAUCGUUUUACUGUAUGUGUACUUUUCAUCGUUGAUUUAGUAAGUGCAUUCCACAAAAAUAAAACGCCUUUUCAUUUCAACUGCAAAUAUACAUUAUAAAACGAGGUCAUACGGAAUAUUCCUUUAAGUAUGUGUGAUAACGUCCUAGCCUGCACAGUUAAGACCCCCGUGGCCCUGCAGAUUGGGGAUGUAAAGACAGACACAGCAAGGCCAGGUGUUUUUGUAAUUGAUGUUGCCUUCCCACAGAGUGUGAAUUUGCAAGAGAUCUCCUUCAAGAAUUAUUACACUGCCUUUUUAAAUGUGCGGCUUCAGAAAGUGGACCCAGAGUCUCCAGAAAGUGGAGCUCAGUGGGUUACCUGCCUGCGUAAUCACUGCCUCAUGCCCAACCCGCACACCGAGGAAGGCUCGCAGGACUACUUCUCCAUCUACAGACAGCAGAUGCUAAAGGAGCCAGAUAACGUGACUUCAGUCCGUCUAAUUCUGAGACAGCCUUCUUCAGUGUGGCUAAACUUCACCCUGGAAGACAUUAAAAUUACGGAGUGUGGCACUGAGAAUUCAGAGAAGAAGAGUUCAUCUUGGUUUUCCAACUUAACACCUGUGGAACAGCCCAUGAAUCUACAAGCUGGACUUCCUGACCCAGAGAAAGUUUCGUCCUGCAUCCAGCAGAUGUGGGCCUUAACAGAAGUGAUGCAGACCAAUCAGACAAGCGCACGCGUUGGCCGAUUUGAUGUGAGUGUCAGGCUGAUGGCCAAGCUGUUCUUUGUUAAAAUAAUGAGGGUGUGGAUACUGGUGGAUGGCUGCUAUGAUAUCAACUUGCUCUCCUACACGUAACACGGGCUUGUCCAACUGAAUGUGAGUGCGAUCUUCAAUGUGUAGAACGGAUCCUGUGAACGAGACCCAAUCCCCUGAUCAUGAGGAAUCUUGCUCAAUUAGUGUUCAUUCUACAAAUAACAUAUUUAAAAUAUGUACUAAAAUAUAUAACAGUAUUUAAAAGAUGUACUAUUUAUGGGCAGUUGUAUUGCAUUACCUGUGUCCCUCUUCAAAUGACUGAAAAGAAGUAAUUCAAUGUUGUAGGAAAUGGCACUGAAAUUUUACUGUUGUGACUCAAACUGGAUGAACUGGUGUGCAGGAUCAGUGAACCUGAGUGGGCAUUUAGACCAUACGCUUGCUUAUAUUUUGUCCACUUCUGGUCAAAGAUCACUACAGUGACCCCUGGUAUUAUUUGGGUUAAUUUGCCGUCUUCUCUUUUGUUACACAAUCUAUCAAAUAUGUAUUGUACUAUACAUAUUUGCUUUGCAGCACCAUAUACAAUAGAUGUGAAAUGAGUGUAGAAAAUGCAAUGAUAUUAUAUAUUAAUUUAACAGAAGUCAUUAUUAUGCUACUGUGUGUCCCUACAUAUAGCUGCAUGGCAUCUAAAACUGCACAAUGACUAAUGCAAAUGUUAGAAGUAUCAAAUAUAUUUAACAGCUAAUACAUCUGUAAAAGCAUGUAUGAAGAAAGGUAGUUGUCUUUUGUUCCACAUUUUGUAAACACACAAACCUCUCACAUUUGAACAAAUAUUUUCUUUUAAGAAGUAUGGUAUUCAAAAGUAUAAUAUUGUACUACCUAAAUCAUCAAUUAAUUAGAAGAAAAAAAAGUAAGCAGUGUUUAUUUUAGCAAAAGACUUUUUAUUGGUUACGAUGAGCGUUUCUAAUAAGGCAAGGUUAUCUUCUAAAGUGUCAAAGUGGUUGAGGAAUAAUAACAAGGUACCUGGAGGAAAGCUAAGCAGUGAGAUAAUGGGAGAGAAGAGUGCUGUUUUCAAAACAUGUUUUAUUCACUUUUUUUCUUAUUCAGAUUUAUUUCAUUUGGUGCCAAGUACAGGUUACCAUCAUAUCAGGUUUACGAAAUAAAACAUAUGUGGCUGCAAUCGCUGAAAGUGAACAGGACCAAAAAUAAUAAUAAACAAGCAUGUCUUCAAUAAAAUAUAUUUGUCUCAAUCUGUCAACACAAAAGACAUGAUCAAAGGUAGCGGGACUUUUUAUUUGGUGUUAAUGAAUAGAUUUACACCAUUUCAAUAUACAUAGUUCCAAGCUAUUUAAAACUGUCAUCAUAACUGUAGAAUGAGUUUUGACUGGUAAAGCUGUAACCCGCCUUAAGUACAGUAAUAUAACUUAUAUGCAUUUAACUGUUUUUCAGCCAGUUUAACUGCACAGUAUAUACAUUGUAUUCAUUUACCUCUAAUACAGCUCCACUUUAUAUUUUCAAAACUACAUUUGCUCCAUAAUAUCAUGCAAUAUAAUUUGUACACAUUUUAUAUUUUGUUAUAUCAUCUCUUUAGUUUAAAACAACUGCUUGCACAGGUAGAGCUGAACAUUUUAAAACCAGUUUUAAAUGAAAUGGCUACCAGUUUCACAUUUAAACUAAAUUACCACCAAUAUACAUUUAAAUGUAGCCGUCUGCUGCAUUGUUAAACUUAUUGAAUGCUCUGUGGAGCUUUCUCUGCGGUGUAAAUUCAUUAGUCAGACUAAUGAGAAAUGUAUCUUUUUAAUGCUGCACCUGUGCUGUCACACCCCACAUACUGUACAGUGCAUCUGUCAUCUACAAGAGUUUACAAGGAGUAUAUACUGAGACGAUACAGUGGUAAAUGCCAGAAUUCCAAACUAAAAUAUAUUUUCAUUUUCAGCCAGGUGCCUGUGUAUCCGAUUGAGAUUCAUCAUUAUAGCUGUAGAUCCUUCUGCUUUGGGUUCUCUUAAAACCUGAGGCUGCUUGGAACUUAUUUCAUGCAGUGGAUGGGGAAGAGGUGUUGCAUACCUGUGAACAUAGAAAUUGAAAUAUUAAUUAGCAGUGGGUAGACUAGAAGUAAAACGUAUUGGAAUUAAAGGCCGUUUGUUGACUCAUCCGGUAAUAAAUCCUCCUGGAACAUCCAUGCUUUGAAUAGGAAUUGUUAUACAGAAGAAAAUAAUAUAAUUAAGGUUUAUGUACAGAAUAUUGUAGAUGCUUCUGGAAAUAUCAAUGUUCCUGGAGCAUUUGGCCUCAGCAGUGUGUGAAUAAGAGUCACAAUUACCAGUAGGUAUAACUGUUUUGUUUUAUGCCCUUAAUGUUAUAACAUACCUGUAAUGUUAUAACACUCAUAAUUAUAGAUGUAUUAGUAUGUUAAAAAUGAACUAUUAUGAAUAUUACCGUAACAGCUUUGGAAUUAAUAGCAAUGGGUUUUCAUUAUUAUUAAAGCAGGGUGAGUUACAGUAGCAUUUUUACCAUUCACGUUGUGGUUCUUGGCUGGCUCAGAGCUUUAGAAGAGACCACAGUCUUUCAGGUUUUCUUUGAUGAUAAUGUCGGUGACGGCGUCAAACACAAACUUGACGUUCUCCGUGUCUGUGGCGCAGGUCAUGUGGGAAUAGACUUCUUUGAUGUCUCGUCGCAGGUUAAGCUCCAGGAACUGCAACUUGAUGUAAUUACCAGCAUCUUCAUAGGUGUUUGGGCCUAGCAAAGAAAAGUAGAGUUUAGAGAAGGUGGCUAGACCUUUUGCUCUAACCUGAAGGCCGCACCACCUCACUGUCUUUCAACUCGAAUCACUAAACUAUACUGCCUUUCAGUUAUCUUGCUCUAACCACUAUACCCCACUGCCACCUAGUCCUCCAGCUCUAACGCUUGGCCACAUUGCUUUCCAGUCCCUCAGUUCUGACCACUAGGCAACACUGCUUCCCAGACCCCCCCAACCCUAACCAUUAAGGCACCCUGCCACCUAAUGCUUUAGCUCUAAGCUUCAGGCUGCAGUGCAUUCCAGGCCCUCUGCUCUUGCCUCUAAGCAACACCUUCCCAAUUCCAUAACCCAUUCUUGUAUCAAUAGAUUUCUAUUCUACAGAAAGUGAACUGUGACUUGAUGUUUCUUUAAAGAUUAAUUUACUAACCAUCAUAAUCAGGGAAGCACAUGCUGAGAUGAGCCUUCUUGAUCUUUUCUGUGAAGACAUCUUUCUUGUUGAGGAAGAGUACGAUGGAGGUGGUAGCGAAGUAACGGUGGUUGCAAAUACUGUUGAACAGGUGAAGACUCUCGUGCAUGCGGUUCUAGUGGGUAAGAGAGGGACACUUUACAGUACACGUGGAGUUAACCUAUGAGGCAUGUUGUUGUAAAUAAUAUUUUUUUUGUCAGAGCAACACACAAGACCAGGUCAUGUAACUUAAUGGACGUUGAUUAAAGUUCAUUAAGUAAAGGAGUAAAGGACAACAAUUCAGAUGAAUCAUUAUGAUGGCGGACUAUCACUACUGAAUUCUCCUCAUCCUCACCACUUCAUCAUCCUCCACCAGCACCAUGUCGUAAGCGCUGAGGGCAGCAAUGAAAAUGAUACAGGUGACCCCCUCAAAGCAAUGGAUCCACUUCUUUCUUUCGGAACGCUGACCACCCACAUCAAACAUCCUGCAGGAGAGGAGCAUAGUGAAGACACAAGACCACUUGGUGUAUCCUAGAAAACUGAAACUCUUGUCAUUGAAUAGAACUGUCCAAAGACUGGAUUGCUGUACUAAUAUCAUUUUAUUAUAUAUAUAUAUAUAAUUGUGUGGUCUUGCGUGCAUUUCCCUGUGUUACAUUAUGUAGUUGCCCGUGUUUCAGUAACAGAAAGGAAAGUAGAUUUUGUUUUGAGUAAUUGUCAAAGUUUUAGAUGCAAUGCAAUCUAUUGUAAUCUUUGCUACCAGUUUCUAUUUCUGUAUUAUAUGUUGCAUAUGUGUGUUUUCCCCAGGUAAAUGUUUUUACUAUAUACACUGGAAUAGGACUCUAACCUGAAGUUUAGGUCUUUCAGACCGAAUUGGGUCUCGAUGAUACCAGUGGUCUUUACUCUUGAUCUCAGGACGUCCUGCUCAGUGGGGAGGUAGCCCGGGGCCACCAGCCUGUCCAUUUCAUUCAGGUAACUCAAAGAGAAAGAGGGAGACAAUACUAUAAGACAGCAUCUACUUCAAAUAUGUGUUUAGGGAAAGUUCGUAUAGGCUGAUCUAACCAAAUAUAUAUUGUUUUGUCCAACCCCUGCUUCUAACUCUUUGGGAUGGUACGUAUGUGUAUGGUACCUUUAUCUGUAAUGUAUUCACACUUUGACUUCACUGAUGCUGCCGAGGUUAAGUUAUGCAUUUUUUAAAUUUGGAUUUAAUUUAUACUUGUUAAUGUAAGUUACACUUUUUUUUUUUUAAAUAAGCAAAUUAAUCAUUAUUUACAGUAUGUUUAUGCUAUUCAUAGUGGUCAUUAUUAUUAUUAUUAUUAUUAUUUUUUAAAUACAGUGAUAACUUUUGUUUUGGCAGGCAGGGGGUACAUACUAUCCAGCAGAGUCAUUGAGCUGGUAUUCAGAAGCUCUUUCGAAACAGGCCUGGAUGCCUGAGUCCUUCCAUAGACGGGAGAUUAUGUCAGACAUCUCCUUAGGCAUGGUUCCUUCAUCGAUGGUAUCUGCCAAGUGCAGCAGCUUACGAGCAUCGUCCUGCAGAGACACAGGCAGACACAAUGAAAACAUGGAAAUGCAGUGGAUUAAACCGCAUUUAAAGAAAAUGAAUUGUCCUGAAAUGAUUUCUCCCUGCAAAUAUAUUCUUUUUGUUUUCAUAUAAAAGUAGUUUUAAACUAAACUAUGUGCUGCCCUUGAAAGAGUGGCCUAACUUUGAUCAUUUCUAUUCAAACCCUUCUUUGUUCCAGACUAAAAAGAUUCCUUAAACUAUCUUCAAAACUCCUACCUUCUAUCCCUGAAAUUAGUCUAGUUGUUGUUUGCUGGAUCUCUCCCAAGCUUCCAUGUCCUUUUUGUAAUGCAGAGACCAAAACGGAUAGCUGUGUUCUAAGUGCAGCCUCACCAGUGCUUCACAGCUCAACAACCUCUUCAUAACCUUGGUUGAUUUAUCCUAGGCUGGACUAGAUGUUGUGCAGGAUCGUUUUUGAGGUGGAAGGAAUGCUCUACCCCUUGUGUCAGCCUCCGUACCUGUCUGGCAGGGUCUCCAUACCCAAUGCUUAAGGUAGUCAUGGCUUUCACAAUGGCCAUCAUAGACUGCAAGGUGUUGCUGUAGAUAAUGACAAUAAACUCCAAGCAUUCUUCCUUUGAAUAACCAUCUUGAUGGAUAAUUCUGUUGGGGAACAAGAUGGAGUUAGCAUGAUCAUUUGAGAAUAGAUUGAAUACAGUUGUAUUAAUGCAGAAAAGUAAUAUGUAGGUUAAUUGCUGUCAAUGAUAAGUCAUGGUUUCUGCACUAUUGUAGGUCAAAUGGGGAACCUGAUCAAUUUCCAUGACUCUUUGCUUGUAUUGUUAGGGUGACCUAAGCAAUAUGUAGUGUUGGUUGGAGGUGGGUGCGUGUGACAGGUGCUGCCUAACAAAUGUACCCUGAGUUGUUAUUCGAUGCAAGGGCAGAACAGAACUUGAAGUGCAUUGCCAGGCUGGAAGUUGAGGUUCACCUUGACAACUAGAAUGCAUUGUGGGUUUUUAAAAAAAAAAACUGGAGCCAUCUGGUCAAUCUACUGUAGAUAAAUUCCACACAUGAGCAUGUGAACAGCCUCCUGUUGUAAAGUGUUACUGAAUUUGUAAGUUGGCAUAUGGGUUUGCAGGUAUAAAUAUUCAAUGCAGUAAAUCAUUGUGUUUGUAUGUUGCUGUAUGCAUAAGCUUCCAUUACAAAUGUGCAGCUGAAGUUCAUUCAUUCUUGUCUAUUUUAUGCAUUUCAAACAGUUGCAAACAAGUAAAAAAAAAUAAAAAACAACACUCACUUCAUCUGCUUGACAAUGGUGCUUUUCCCAGAUUCACCAGCACCUGCAGAGGGGAAGCAAAGAGCAAAUAUGAGGUGAUAGUUCUGUUCACUCGGCAGACAUGUUAAGCAGGUGCUGUAUGCUGCAAUACUGGUAAUACAUUAACCUACCACAAGAUGGGGAUGCGAACCCGUUUGUUUCAUUUUAGCUUUUUACAGGACUACAGCAUGUUUUUAUCCUUUACAAUGUCUUUUCAUUGAAUUGAAUUGAGUUUUUUUUUCUUACUUUUUGGUUUGUUUGUUUAUUUUGUAUAUGCAGACAAGUCCAGAUCGAAGAAGCCUGAAGUGGAAGACAAGCCGUCUAUCCUUAACUUGCCUUGGAAGAUAAUGUCCUACGAGAGAUAGUCCUUCAGACUGAAAAGGAUUGAUUUAGAGGGUAUGUCGUCAUAGUGAGUAUGUCUUUAUAUUAACCUGGGUAGAAGGAGGAAGUAGAUUACUUCUAGCAUGAGAAAUGUAUAUACAGUGUGUGUGUAUUUUAAAUGAAUGUGCCUAUUUAUGACAUAGUAUUAUACACAAAUAUAUUCAAUUACAAAUAAAUACUUUUAUUCAUUGCAGAACACAUCCUACUUUUAUUUGGAAGGCCGAUCACAAUUGAACUGCAAGAUCAUUAUUUUUUUCCCAACCGCAUUAUAUCACUAGAUUACUGAAACAAGAUAAGGCAGCUUGGCAUGAGUGAUGCUGAGCCAAUCCCUAAUUACUUUCUUCUCACAGUCUACCUCUGUCGGGAUUUGAACAAUGGGCUGAUUUUGUUUGAUGCCAGUGUGGUACAUUACAACACGGCACAUUCCCUGACCCUGCACAAAGUCCUUUGUACAGGAUCCAUUUAUUGUGGGGAGCGCCCGCCUCUUAUUUUUGAAGCAGUUUGUGGUCUCCUUUUCUUUCUAAUUUGCAGAAUUUUCAUCAGAUAAGAAGAUGAGAGAAAUGUCACUUGUGGGAAGGUUGUAGUCAAUGUUAUGUUGCCCAUGCAAUGUUUUCUUAAAAAUCAUAUGUUUUGCAUCCCCAAUAAGUUGUUUAUAACCUCCUUCUGCUGCAAGUAGUAGCUGGCGCAUGCACAUUUUGAUAGGGGUGAUUUGGUGAAAUACGCUUUCACAAUUUACAACAUCCGGACUCUAACAAGUACAGAGUGGAGGGUGGGCACAGGGAGACAUUACCACAUCUGGCUGCAAAUCUCUCAAUGAAAAUCAUUGCCUUUUCUUUUUCUUGAAUAUUUUGUUGAUUGCAAUGAAAAAGAAAACACCCACUCUGUCUCCAGUCGUCUCCAAAUGAAUAUCAGAUAAACUGGGAACAGAAUUUCAGUCGUGGGACGAACCAGACCGGCACAAUGGGUUCUGUGUUCCUGAUCCCAGCCUCAACGGCACCCUCUGUAAUGAGGGCAUUCCCUAUCUGCACCGCUUGAUAUUUUAGUCUCUGCGCAUCAACACGCACGUGCACACACACACGCACACAUCAACAUCACCCAUAUUUAGGCCUUUAGACAUUACAGGGUCUAACUGCUGUUCUGUCCUUCUCUAAGAAACAAAAUUAUGUUCUAUUAAAGCCAUAACACAAUAAUACAAAAAAAUCAUUUGCCCAGUUGCAUACUUCACAAUAGUUUCCCAAAGCAUUUAUGGCUCUAUACGCUUUUGUGAUUAUCAUGUAUCAUCCUUAAAUAUGUGCUGUCAUGCUUUCCUACACUGUGCUAUGCUUCUACUAUGGUCUACUGUAGUACAUUUUUAUAAGGGCUUGACUAAAUUAUUGGUUAUGCAUUCUGUUUCCUCAGAUCACAUUUAGUUAGCUUUUUUUGUGAGGUUCCAGUUGUUGGGGAAUCCUUACUAACCUGGAAUAUAGGUUAUCAAAGCCAACGAAGGUAAGUGAAAAUAGAAUGUUGAAGGCAUCACUAACACCUACGACUAUUAGAAGUUUUGGGUUGGCUAAUUGGAAUGCGUGACUUGUACAGUUCAGUUUAUUAACAUUGUUAACAUUUUCUUAUCCUUCAAUAUCACAAACUGUUCUUAGAACAUGAAAGCCAUGCAUUUACAGUAAAAUACCAUUUGUUUACAUUAAAAGGUCAAAGGUAAUUUUGUUUUAUUUUUUCUGUUUCAGACAAAGUGAUUUUAUUUUAAUUUUUUUUUAUUGGAGUCCACACUCCAACUCUGUUGAAGCACAUCGUCUACCAACAGCACUGAAAAGUCAUGUACAGGGUGUCCACAAAGUCCUGUUAUCCCCAAGAUUUUUUCCCCACAAUUAAUUUUUAUUUUCAUUUGCAGACGAGUCAGGCUGAAACAAGCUGUCACAGAUGCAUUUCAGCUCGUCACUCCAUGUUAUGGAAGAUGUCACAGCGAACAUUAUUAUCUGGCAUGAAAAUGAUGGCGCUCAUUGUCUAAAUAGUUAAAUACUUGCACUGAAGACAAUUGUCAUCCUUCUUCCACACGUUUCAGUUGUUUGUAUAUCAGUGCACUGUAGAAAAAAACAUGGGGGUCACAGGACUUUCUGGAUGCCCUCUACGAUGCAGAUUUAAACCUAGUAUUCCAGAGCAAGGGGUCCAGUUUCUCUCACAUACUCAAACUAAGAGACCCAGAAUUGGAUCAUGGAAGGCCCCCAGUUUCAAAGUUUCAAGUAUGUGCCCCCAGUUUCAAAGGCCAUGUCUUUAGAAAAUAAAUAACAAAAUAAAUAUUAUUAAUCAACCACAAACAGAAUUUAAUCCGCAGCCUUCUAAGCCAAAAGCAUUUCUGUUACGCACUAAGCUAUUUGCCCACCCAAUUAAGUGAGUAUUAGCUACAACAACACGUAACUAAUUGUUUUGGUUUAGGUAGUAGUAAAAGCUAAUGCCCCUUACUAUUACAUUGUAACAUUUUUAUCUUGGGGAUUACUGGGGAUACAAAUAGUGCCAUUAAAAUAACUGUGUGCCUAUAAUAAUUCCUGCAUCUAUAGCAUGACGCAUCUGGGCUGUCCUAAUACCAGCAACUGAUUGUUGUGGUGUUUGUAGGGGAUUGGUGGUUCAGUGGAUUGGUCAAUGGUAUUAGACAUCCUCUACUAGUUAGCCUCUGUUUGACUGUAGGCUUGAGCCAGAUAUUCAAAGUAAAGGCCCAUAUUAAGUGGGUUUUGCUGAGUGUUAGUCCAGUUCCUAGUGGACAAUUGCAUUUUAUAGCUAUAAGUAAAUACAGCCGGUCAGUUGUCUAAGUCAGGUUUUGACUCCUGAAAGUUGCGUGUAUUACACCAACUGACUACCUGAUGAUUUUGUUUUGUAGCAACUAUUACACAAGUCCUGUUAUCUGGAUAGGGAUUGUUUUGAUUUUACCUUGGGGAGUACCCCAGGGUAAGAUUGUUGAAAUAAAUAGUAUAGUGUUGCAGACAGAACUGGGUUUUAAAACUAUACACGUCAUCAGUCAAAAAGUCAAUGUGCAGGGGGAAGGAUUGUUUGGCACUGAUUCAAUGGUUAGGUUUUUUGUGUUUUUAUGUAUUUAUUUUGGAGUGUAAACGACAUCACUCCUCCUUUGAUGCUAGUAGCUACUCAUACAUAUAGAAAUCUGAUACUUACUGUGUGAUUUUUAUAUUAAUAGUCAAACAGGAAUGUCUGUAGUAAACAUAGGCUCAGUAUGUUACCACAUUGUGUAAAAUGCUAACAACAAUCUGUGGAUAUAGAGGAAAACAUUUUAAUACUAUUCCCAUUUUCUUCGUGGUGUUCAAAUAUGUUUUUUCCUGCUUGGCAUGAUUGUAAGGUAUUUGUUGGAAUGCUGUCAAAGCUGGCAGCCACACCAGGCUGGUUAUAUCAGGUCAUUCCUGGACCUUAUUCAGUCACAAUGGGUGGUUUCUCACUGGUUCAGAGACAUUCAAAUCAAAACAGAGGAGAUGCAACGGCAACUGGGAUUGGGUACCCCAGCGAGGUAACCAUGGCAACCAAAGCACUAUUGCAGGUGAUAAUAGGAGAAGCACAACGUUUGUCUCCUGAAUCCAUUGAUUUACUCUUACUAUAAUUAUUUACUAAGUGCUUAUAAAAACCUGUAAGAGAUUAAUGGAGGAAUGUACAUAAAUAUUAAGUCUCUGGAGAGCCAUAAAAAACAUCUCUCUUUUUUCUUUUUCUCUCACACAAAAUUAAUGUUUGAUUAUAGCAAUAUUUUUCUUAAGGACAGGGCCACAAAUUGUAGUAUCUUGUUCAUUUUCUUUCACUGCAUUGACUUGGGGAAGUAUGUCGCUGUUUUAAACUACUGCACUCGAUGGUUAAAGUGUACACGUGGAGAUAAUCUGUGCAGUGCAAAUGUGGGGUGUUAUGACUGUACAGUAUCUAAUUCUGAUUCCCUCAAGCAUGUGGCUGCAAUAAUAGCAUUUCACUACGGUGCCACUGUGUGCAAAGUACAGUAAAAUCGAUUUGAAUGUACCAGUUAGAGUGCUUAAAUAAAGGGGACGUUUAUGUGGAAACCAUAUAAUUGUUUCAGUUUAUUAUUUUAAUCUUAUGUGAAGUCUCAUAGUUUAUAUGCUUAUAAAACUUCAGUAGCCACAUAUCUUGCCUUCCCGUCUUAGCUUUAAAAAAAUUGGAAGUUUCUGUUGUACUCCCCUAGAGAGAGAGAGGGGGUAUUUUUUAAAAUAAUUAUGGUUUCAGCAUCUUAUUUUUGGGGGGAGGGGUUGGGUUAGGUGUAACUUUUCAAAUGUUUCCACCGUCUCUUACAGUAAGCUGUUUAUUCAUAUUGUAUUGUAUGUUCUUGCAUGGUAGCAUAUAUAGUAGGGAUGUGUAUAUAAAAUACAUCUCUGUUGAUCAGCUUUCAGUAUAAAUCUAAACACAGUACCAAGCUACUGCUGCAUGCUUGCCUGUGCUUUAAAAAAAAACAUCUUGCCGCUAUUAAAAAAACUUUGAGCCUUGUUCUAAGGUUCUCUGUUUUUACUCUGACACAAUGCUAUUAUCCACCCUGUCUGUAUUCUGUUAAUGUGUCUCUUAUAAGCCCUGUUUGCUUUGCCUUUCACUGGCUCUAAAUCCUUUUAAAACUCCCCCUGAUCCAAUCACCCCGUCUAAAUCCCAGUCUCCUGCAGUCAGCAGUAGAAAAACCAUCAUGGCAUGAGUUAAAGCAAGAUUGAUCUUGUCUUAUUCAGAUUUAAAAAUAUAGUGUUUAGACGUUCUGGAUAAGGUAAGUGUUUUACAGAUACCAAACAAGUUGCGGCCUCAUUUAUAAACAAGUCGAGCAGAGCUGAUAACUAUGUGAAGGUUGAAAGCGAGACAGUAACUUUUAUUUAUAUUAGCUACAUUACACAGCAAAAACAUACAUGAAAAAAAACUGCCUUGCAAACCAAAGUCACACUGCAUAAAACUAGCUAGCAUGAGGCUACCAGCAAGAUAAAUACUCUAGUAAUAAACAAGAUUAAAACAUUCUAUAGUUAUGUUGUAGUAAGUAAUAUGUCCCACUAAUCUCCUACUGGAGAUUAAAUCAACUGAGUGCUAAAACAUUCAUUCAAUCUCAGGAUUGAUACAAAAUAAGCCAACUGACCUAAAUAACGUGCCCCAGCAUUCCUCUUAUAAACUAUACUGUUUUUUAUUGAUUUUAAUUGGCUUUACUCUCCUAGUACAGAACUUUCAUUGUAUAUAGGGCAAUUCGUCUCUAAUCAAACCACAGCUCAGCAUGGUACUGAGAUAGGGGACCAUACUUGCAGGUUGUCGUUUUGUCCGGUACUAAAUGCUCCGAGAACAUCCACAUUUCCAAUAGCAUCUUUUCUCUAGCGAAUCAUUUUUUUUAUCGUACCACUAAGGCAAUGAAUAGCUAUUUUACAAUCUGGUAACUUUAAGGGUAAGGUUAAAUUAAACGCUUUGGGGUAAAAACAACAAAUAAUAAUAAUUAAGAUUAGGUUUAUGUGUAGAUGCUCCUGGAAGGGUUGAUGUUCCUGCAGCAUUUGGCUCCGGCGAUAACGUACUGACCGAUCACCCCCGUCACAAACUCCUACAAAAAUAUCAAAGCAGGAUUAGCCAUUGAAUUUCACAGCUCUUCAGGUGAAGAUCGACUAUCAAUAAAAGCUAAGAGACUAGUCCUGUUUCUAAAGUAGUGGAGAAUGAGAUGGGCAUCAAUUGUUGCUUUAGCCCAUAGAAAAAAAUAAAACUCCAUGCAGUCCUUUAGAAGAUAAGGAAGGAGAUGGAAACCCUUAAACGUAUAAACAGACCCCGUAUCAAUAAAAGGCAGUAUUUACCAAGCAGCAACAGCUUGACGGUCCUGGCAUCUGCAUCAGCAUCUGCUUUAAGCUUUUUCUCCAGCUCUCUGGAAUGCUUCUCCUCGCUGCUAGCCCCAGCUCCCAUACUGGCAAAAUAUGGUUUAUUUCCCCCCAAAAAACAAAAAUCUUAAACUGUUAAGGCUGCAGCUGAAAGGGCUGUUUUUAAAAAAAACAAAAAAAAACAAAACAA